UCUGAAACUGACGAUGAAGCUGAAGCUGCUGUCGCUCCUCCUGGUUCCUCUGCUGGCCAGCUGUUCAGACCUCGUCCUCCCGCUGGACUGCAGUGACAUCUUUACCAAAGAUACCAGUCGACCCAGUGGAGUUUACGUCAUCUAUCCAAUCGGAGCCACUUCUGCUGUCCAGGUGUUCUGUGACAUGGACUCCCUGCAGAGAAAGUGGACGGUGUUCCAGAGGAGGAUGGACGGCUCGGUGAACUUCUACAGAAACUGGGCCGAGUACAAGAGGGGCUUCGGGAACGCUGCAGGAGAGUUCUGGCUCGGUCUGGAGAACCUGUUCCACCUCACCCAGAGGAAGAGUUAUGAGCUGCUGGUGGACAUGGAGGACUUUGAAGGAAACAAGGCGCACGCUCGUUACUCCUCGUUCUCCAUCGGACCAGAAUCUGACGGCUACAGACUCAAAGUGUCUGGGUUCACCGAUGGAGGGGCAGGAGACUCUCUGACGUAUCACAGCGAGCAAAAGUUUGUCACGUUCGACCUUCCUCAGGGCAACUGUGCCAGAUCGUAUCAGGGGGCGUUCUGGUACAAAACCUGUCACUAUGCUAACCCUAAUGGAGCUUACCUCUGGGGGGCACACAGCAACUUCCGUGCUGUUGGAGUGGACUGGUUUCACUGGAAAGGCUAUGAAUACUCUCUGAAGGCCAUUAGCAUGAAGCUCAGCCCUGUUCAGUAACACCUGAACAAACAAGCACAACAUUAAUCUCAUUUUAGCUCUGGACUCAGGAU